AUACUUUCCACUGAGUGCCGCGACGCGUGGAUCGAUCUACGCUUAACCGAUAAACGACACCUUAUCGCGAACCAUUUGACACGCGUCCCAUAUCCAUAACCUUCUAGAUAGCCGAGAGUCUAAACGAUUCGUCGUCGAUCGAAGUCUACAUCGGAUAUUCGCGCGGAAUACGUCGCGUCGUUCCGGAACGAGAACCUUUAAGAAUCGUCUGACAAUAUCGUAACCGUAACCAGUCCCGGAAAAGAGUGAAUCAUCUACGUCGAGAUAAGUGAAUCCAUGAAGAGAUAUCGCGCUCUUCUACCUUCCACAAAGUUAUCAGACGUCUCGAAUUUCAUCAGAUAAUCGUGGUAAAGCAAUAUACGGAUUCUAGCUUGUAACGUAGUCUUCUUUUUUCACGGAGGGAAAUCAAAAUUAGUGUGACAGUGUCUUAUUCGUGAUUGGUUUCAAGCUUAUUGUUAGAUGGUAUAUUUAUAGCCUGUGUACACGAUAUCCAUAUUAGUGAAGAUAACGUAAGAAAUUCGCCCAUAUGUGACAUCACAAGAUAAUUCAAAAUCACGGACAGUGUAUUUUGCUUCACAAAAUCUUAUGCAUACCCUAUACAUAAACCGUGUCUAUAAAUAUAUAUACAGGCUGAUUCUUAUAAUGUGACAACUUAAAAUAACUCGGAAAUCAUUCAUUGUAGAUAAAAGUGUAUAAAAGUUAUCCAGAGCCGCAUCUAUAAGUAUAAUCUAAAGAUCCAAGCGUUUACUUCAAUGUCUCAAUCGUGUACGAUCAUGAAAUCACAUGAGAUAUGGAAGCGAAGCAUCGAGUUCAUCGAGCAGGAGCUGCUCCCGGAAAUGGUGCAUGAGCGGUGUUUCUGCGAGAAAAAUUCGAGGGAAUUCGUCGAGUUUGACUCGGCCAUUAUCCGUCUCGACGAAUUGAGUCGAACCAGCGAGAUUUACCGCGUGACGGCAGUGGUCAGGUUCUCCGGCGAACCCCGUAGUUUCCCUCUGUUGAUAAAACUGCUACCCGAGGAAGGCGCGGAAAAUAGAGGUCCCAUUGCGUUCGACUCGUACCAAAAUGAAGAGAUGUUCUAUUCAAAAAUGACCGCGAAAUAUGGAACGGACCUGGUGCCUAAGUGUUAUCUGUCCGAUCUGGGUCGUUAUGGAAGGCCAGUAAUUGUUUUAGAGGAUUUAGAAGAGGACGGUUACAAGCAAGUGGACGAAGAACUCAAUGAAGAACAUUUGAAAUUGUGCGUGAAGGUCCUGGCUAAGUUUCAUGCCAGGGGGUUGAGACUGAAGGAAAAUGAACCGCAGGUAUUUAGGGAGUUCGAAGCGAAACUGCUCGAAGUUUGCUUGAAUGAAGACAUGCUGCAACGGUAUCAAAAGAAAUCGACUAGAAUGACAGACAUUCUUGAAUUUCUUCCAAACCGGGACCUGGCAGAAAAAAUAAAGAGCAAACUGAACAAGAACCCGUUGGAGAUCGCAAGGACCAUCGCCACGGAAGUGAACGACGCGUCCACCAUAUGUCACGGUUAUUUCUCGCACGACAAUCUUCUUUUUAAAUACCGAGACGGGAAACCGAUCGACGCGAAGAUCAUCGACUGGCAGACGAUGAGGUACUGCUCGCCCGCCGUCGAUUUAGGACCCAUCUUACUGUUCAACGUGACUCAAGAGCACGGCUCAAACGCCUCGUCAAAGGUGCACGAAAUUUUGGCCCUGUACAUUGACACGGUCGCCGCUGAAUACCCGGAAAUCGAACGCGACUGUUUGAGACAGGAUAUCGAGGAUAAAUUCCUCUUCGCCUGUAUCGUACUUUCUUUCCUCGAUCACAUCAGCGACGAGGAACUUAUUCGAGUUUUGUUACUGUUAGAACAUUUGUAAACUGCGGAUUUUAUAGAAAGAUUGGAUCUGCGGAGAACACUGUAUGCAUGUCAAAAGAUCAAUAAUAAAAGAAAUACAUUUUUUUAACUGACUAAAUGUAAAUGUUUCAUUUUAAUAAUGUCCAAUAAACUUGUAGGAAAUAUGAAGACUGCAUUCACUACAUAAAAACAUAAGCAAUAUUAUUGCAAUGGUUAAAUGAAGGAGUCCGCAGUCUAAAUUUAUUCCAAAUUCAAUUAGACAAUUUAUUUUAUCUUAAGUAUCAGUCAUUUUUGUUAUCUUUGCGCGACGAAACAGUUAAUUGGAUUACUGGAGAUAACAGUAAUAAAAAUUGCUACCUUCUCGUACUUGUUAUUUGAAGUAAAUUAUACGCGACAGCAGCGAUAUGCAUUAUUGACAUUGAUAAGUGCACAUACUUAGCUUGUCUUUCGUUAAGACCUGUCUAAAUAACGAUAACUUCUGAAAUGAAUUCAUAAAACUUUUAAUUGUAUUCAUCUCAUAAUAUAGUAUAUGAAAAUGAACUGAGUAUAAUACAAAAAAAGAACUACGUUUUGUUUGACGUUAGCGCAUUUUCGAAUUUUCACAGCCGACUAUAUUGUAUGCAUUAGGAAAAUUCAUUAUUAACAUCGAAAAACGCACAGGUUUCAACAUCUUCGACCAAUAUAAUAACUUCUGAAUAAAUCAUUUGUUAAGUCAUUACAACAUUGUCAAUUGCUGAUCUCAUAAUGUAUGAAUUGAAUAAAGAUAAAAAAGACUGUGUUUUCUAUA